UUCAUCUUCAUCCUCAUCCGCAGCCCCGCAGCAGCAGCAGGAAGAGCAGCAGCAGCAGCAGCAGCAUCAGCACCGCCCCUCCCUCAGCUCCAUCCGCACCUCUGACGGACGGCCAGCGGAUUCUCCAGUAUCAGAGUGAUGUCCUCGAGACAGUGGUGUUGGUGAACCCGUCAGAGGAGACCACUUGUUCAGAGAUCCACUCUCUGAUCACUGACCUUGCUGGACAUAAGUUGCUGAUACUCAGCGGCCAGAACUCUGAGCAGGGAGGUGACAUCCUGCUGCAAGGUGGAGCCUUCACCUGGCAACACUUCUCCAACAUCGUCUCCGACCCUCAAGUGAUUGAACUCCUGUCCAGGGCCUCUUCAGAGCAGCCGUCCAGACUUACUGUUUCCUGUCAGGGAGACGGGGGCUGGAGCUCCCUGGGCCAAAGCCAGGAGCAGCAGCCACUCCAAAAUCUUAUGGAAUACCGCCUGAACCCUGAACCCCACCUGCCCGACAUGGACGGAGUCACAGAGUUCACCGAGUAUGUCUCAGAGACAGUGGAUGUGCCAUCGCCCUUUGACCUCUUGGAGCCACCGACCUCCGGAGGUUUUCUGAAGCUGUCCAAACCCUGCUGCUACAUCUUCCCUGGAGGCAGAGGAGACUCUGCUCUGUUCGCCGUUAAUGGAUUUAACAUCCUGGUGGAUGGAGGGUCUGAUCACAAGUCUUGCUUCUGGAAGCUGGUUCGCCACCUGGACAGGAUUGACUCUGUUCUGCUCACCCAUAUCGGGGCAGACAACCUUCCUGGCAUCAACGGGUUGUUCCAGAGAAAGAUUGCAGAGCAGGAGGAGGAGCGUAACCAAGGAUCUGGCUCCAGCAGCAACGGUGACUGGAUGAAGAACCUGAUCUCUCCUGAGCUCGGGAUCGUGUUUUUCAACGUCCCAGAGAAGCUUCGGAUGCCGGAGUCAACUCUGAAAGUAAAGCGAAGCAUUGAAGAAGCAUCUCUUACAUUGCAGUACCUCAACAAGCUCGGUAUCACACCAGAGCCUCUUCACAGGGUCGUCAGCAACACCAUUGAACCCAUCACACUGUUCCACAAACUCGGUGUCGGAAAGUUAGAGAUGUAUGUGUUAAACCCUGUAAAAGAGAGCAAGGAGAUGCAGUUUCUAAUGCAAAAAUGGGCUGGAAACAGCAAAGCCAAGACCGGGAUUAUGAUGCCAAAUGGAAAAGAAGGAGAAAUAUCUGUCCCCUAUUUGACAUCAGUUACUGCUCUCAUUGUCUGGAUUCCUCACCGUCCCACAGAAAAGAUAGUCAGGGUGCUCUUCCCAGGAAACGCACCACAGAAUAAAAUCUUCGAGGGUCUUGAGAAACUGAAACACCUGGACUUCCUGCGAUACCCAGUGGCUACCCAAAAAGACAUAUCCUCCGGUGCACCGCCUCCCAUCAUCAAACAGACCAAAAUGAGAUCAAGAACUGACAGCAAAGAGAGUCUCAAAUCUUCACCCAAACCACACUCUAAAACAACCAAGAAGGAAGCCAGCGGGCAGGAGGAAGAGUCCAAGGCUGAGAUCGUUAAAGAGAACAAAGUAGAAAAGAAAGAAGAGAAGAAAGUCAAAAGCGAAAGUCUAAAAGCGACCAAACAACAGAAAAACAGCGAGGUGGCCCCUGUGGGAGUGAAGACAGAGAAAAAGAAAAUAUCCAAGGACAAAACCGCCAAGCAGGAGAAAGCCUCCAAGAUGGAUGAAAAGAAAGACAAAGAAAAGAAAGAAAUCAAGAAAGAGAAACGUGAAGUAAAGAAAGAUGAAAACAUAAGAAAGGAAGAGAAAAAAGAGAGUAAAGCCAAGGAGGAUAAAAAGAAGGACCCGAGUAAACCGGAGCUGAGAAAAAUCACUAAACCUGACCUGAAGCCGCUGACCCCUGAAGUGAGAAAAACUCUGCACAAGGCCAAGACUCAGGCAAAGCCCAAGACAGACAAAAAUAAAGCAGUUAAAGAAGAAGCAAAUGAGAAAAAGCCAGUCCCGAAGAACAUCCCUGAAGAGGUCGCGGCAGCGGCUCUGGCAGACAGGUCCAUCGUGUCCUCCCCCGAGGACCUCACCGAGGACUUCGAGGCUCUGAAGCAAGAAGAACUGUCCAAACUUAUUAGUGAGCCAAUACAGAAUGAUGUGAUAUCUGGGCGUUCAAUGUACACAGAUACUAAAGUUUCUUCCAUAAUUUUCCCUGAUGAAAAAAUUAUACCCCCAACCACUGAGAUAAAACCCGCUUCACCCAUAUCUCCUGUCAAACAAGAAGAUAACGAUGGCAAAGGUGCAGCCACUGAAAAGAAGGAUUCAAGUGAUGGCUUUGACAAGAAAUAUGAAGAGGAGAAAAUGGAGAAAUAUGACAAAUAUCCUGUAAAGGACGACAUAAAAGACAGAUCAAAGAAGAGUGACAGCUCAGAGGAGGAGGGGGAUGUGAUUGAAAAAGCCGAGUUCGAAGGAACAGAAGACGACGAGGUUCUGAAGUACAAAACAGACGAGACAAAGAAAGACAAAACUGGAAAGGAGUGGGACACCAAGCCAACUGAGCAAAAACCAACCGCAGCCCUGUCUGGACAAGCCGCAGCUUCGGCCUCUGAGCAGUUCUCCUUCAUCCAAGAUGAGACCAUCCCCGGUUACUCCGAGACUGAACAGACCCUCUCUGAUGAGGAGAUCCACGAGGAAACAGAAGAUAGGAUCCCACAGCUCCGAUAUGAUGUGGGCUCCUAUGACGUCUCCGUCCCCGAUGUCCCCGGUACCUUUGACUCCAUGCAGGGUAUAAAAGAGAUGAAGAGCUCCGUCGUGGCUGAUGUCGCGGAUGUCAAACCAAAAGCCUUCAUGGGAGCUCAGGAGCCCGAACUUGCACCGUACCCUGCCAUCAUCGCUGCUCCUCUUGCGGAGGAGGAGCACAUCUCCUCAGCAACAUCCAUCACAGAAUAUGACAAACUGUCCUCCUUCGCCACAUCUGUAGCCGAGGACCAGUCCAUAACCUCGGUGACGGCACCUCAGACCGAGGAAGUCGGGAGGAACUCUCUCAUGCUCGACACCAUCAACAGUAUCCCCUUGCGUGCAGAGGCCGCCCAUGGGAAGGACUAUCUCCACUCAGCAGGAACCAUCUCACCCACCUCCUCUCUGGAGGACGACAAAUGCUUUAAGUCUCCGUCCUCUGAUGAGUACCAGCCCCACAUUCCUGAGAUGGAGGGCGACGCAAAGAUCACAGCGGUCCACGAAGAAGAAGACGACGAGGAAGACGAGGACGAGGACCAGACUCCAAAUGUUGACAUCCCUCUGGGGAAACUUCAAGAGGGCUACGAACAUGCAACCUCCAUGAUGCUCCAGGAGAAAGAGAAAUCCCCCUCUGCCGCUAUUUCUCCUUCUCCCUUCUCUACCACGCAGUUUUCUCCCACGCAGGCUGUCAAAGACAACCAGGCUCUCUUUAGCACAGAGGGAUUUAAGACUGGUGCUGAGAUAAAGACUGUUUCACCCCCUCCAUCUUUCUCCCCCGGGUUAGAGUCCCACUCCAGGCAGGAGAGUGAGGAAAGAUGUCUAAGUCCAGAUGAUAGCACAAUGAGACUGGCCUCGCCCACACAGUCUGUGCCUACCAGCAGCGGCUACUCUCCAACAGAAGACAAACCCUUUAAGUCAGAAGAUAAAGACGAGGCAGUGAAAGCCGACACCCAGAAAACAGAAAAAUCAGUCACUGUGUCUGACAAUACCUCUUUCAUUGGUCAGCCAGGCGAUAAGACAGCGUUUGAAGCUUCUGAAGAAUCCGAUGAAGAAAAUGAGGAUGAGGACGAAGCUGAUUUUUUCGCCAAAAAGGAUCUACAGCCUACCGUUAAGGCUAAGCUUAUGGAGGCAAAAGAAGGUUGUUUCCUGGAUGACGACUCCACCUUUGUGGCCAAAUCUGCAAAGAUAGAAACAGAAGUCAAGACCUCAGACAAGACACAGGUGUCCUUCAGCACAGAUGAGAAACCAAAGGUUCAAGUGAUGUACUCAGAUGAAGACGAAGAUGAAGAUGAAGACGAGGUUGACGAUGUUAAAGAUUAUUUCCCGGGUGAGGUAGGGUCUAAAUCGUUAUCAACAGAUCAAAGCAAAGCAGACUUAGAAAAGGACAGCGCGGAGAAAACAGAUGUCGCUUCUAAAGAGUCUGAGAAAAGCGUUCAUUUUGAUCUCUAUAAUUUCCCAGAGAAGGAGAGCAAAGAAAAGGCCUUAUACAUAAGACAAGACACGCCUUAUGUGCACGGCAAAACAUUCUCAUACGGUGACUUUUAUGACAGCAAAACAAGCUCAGUGGACUCUGAUUUAUAUCGUCACGAGUCCUUAGAUAAGACGGAGAAGGACGUAGCAAAGGGUGAAGUGGAUUCGCAGAAACACAAGUCCCCAUCACCGGUUCAAGACGCGGACAAGAUGUCAGAGAAGGAUGGAUUUACCACCUCUUAUGGAAAAGAGUCCUCCAUCCCAUCAUGGUUGGACUCUAAGAGCACUCCUGCUAUUCCUCCAUUUGAAAAAGAGGUCAAAGAAAAGGAGACGUUUGAAUACAGCGCAGGUAGCCGAUUCCCGUCAGUGGCUGAUAGACCUGAAGCCUCAUCCACUUCCUUAUCUGCAGAAAAAGACUCCUUCUCCUUUAAAAGCCAGACUGACAGCGCUAAGCCCCCGACAUACUCCUCAAUGACAGCAUUUGAUGUCGACAAAGCCGCUGCCGCAGGCUACAGCGAGAAAGGAGCCUGUUUGGAGGUUGAUAUGCGAAAACUAACAGCGAGGGAUGAGGAAGAUUAUGAUGAUGACGAAGUCGUUGAUGAGGAUGAUGAGGAGGAAUACGAAGAGGAGGAGGAGGAGGAGGAGGAGGAGGAGGAUGAAAGCACUGUUGAUUCCGGUAUGGAGAAAGGUGCCAAAGAGAAGUCUGAGAAGGAAGUAAAAAGUCCAAUCAGUGAAAUGUUCGGCUCAAACAGACCUGAGUUUAUGAUUUCCAUGGCUGGAUACGGUUAUAACAGUCAGGGGAAGCCGAGCGUGAAAGAAAGCAUCUCUAGCUCUCUCACAAAAGCUGACGACAAAGAUGCUAAGAUUGACUCCUCAUCCCUCAGUGGAAAGCCAAUGGAUUUAGGAGCUACGGGUUUCUCCGGCUACUCGUCCGGGUUUGAAUACUCGUAUGGAGGUGGAGAGAAAGACUCGUUUUUAUCCAGUCAGACCGCAGACAAAGCUAAAGGGGAUUUCACUUUGAAAUCAACAGAGGACAGUUUCUACCAGACUGACAGAGCUGAUCCUGAUUUUGAGAAACAGAAGACACCAGACCUUCUGAGCAAGAAGUCACUGGACACAAGCUUCCAGUAUACGACCACGGCUGCCCCCGGAUACUCCUCCUCUUCGGCCUACAGCUACUCUUCCUCCACCUCGGGCUCCCUCUCCACCAGCCGUCAGUUCGGAGAGGAGCUGGAGACGCCUGCCUCUGCCGAGCCUCCCUUUGAAUACUCCUCAUUUAAAGAGGAACACUCACUGGUUAUGGAUUCUCCAUUCUCCAGCUCAGCUGGUGCCAAAGACGACUAUCUGGAAGUGUCUGAGAAACAAAUCACCACGACAACCACGGCUGAGUCUACCUCCAGUUUAGCCCGCUUCUCACCCCUCAGCCCGUUCGAGGAGGUUAAAUCCUUCCCUUCACUAUCAUCCGCUGCCUUUGCUGAGGAGAAGAAGGAGCAUACCACUUCAUUAGGUGGACUUAUGGACAAAGGCCCUCAAUCAGAUUGCUUCUAUAAGCCUGAGUGGUCUGAAGGGUCCAAGCUGGACUCAGCUGGUGGGUUUGGGGCCUCAGCAGGACUGUUCUCUCAACCCGCUAAACUCUCCAAGGAUAAAGAGGCAGCCAGCGCCGCUCUGUUUGGUGUCACUUCUUCACCACGUCCAGACAUAGAAGGCAAACAUUACUUUGAGGAGACUGACAGCAGCGAAGAAGAGGAUGAGGAGGUUUACAUGCGUGAGAUGACUCGGCGGUCGCCCUCUAGUGGUCUGGCUGGAAGCCUUUCAUUUUCUGACAAACCUGCUGCUCCAGCUGCCAGUGAAAAGACAGGCGGUGCACUCCCUGAUGUUCUUGGCUCCUACAUGUCCUCACCUCUCCAGGCCAGCAAGCCAGACACAGCCAACGGCCCCACGGAGGUCAGCACAAGCUCCGCCCUCCUCGCUGGAGCAGCAGCCAGCGGUGCAGCUUCAGGCCUCGCCAAGGUGGAGCCCAAAGAGGCAGCAGGAGGAUACAGGAGCACUUACGAGUGGGAGAUACCAAAGCCACAGAUAGGAAUGAUGCCCGGAGACUCUCCUCCCCAUUAUCGUCACGAUGAUGAGUUUGAAGAGGAGUGUGAGAUGGAGCCAGAGCACCCGGCCCGCCCUCUUUCACUCUCUUCAACCGAUAAGCCUUUCCGCUCGCCAUUCUAUGCUGAAGAGUGCAGCCGAGGAGGGCAUGACGACGACGACGAUGAUGACAGCGAUCAGGAUCUCGUCGGUGACGUACCCAUGGGAGCCACCUCCUCUUACGCCAGCCGCACCUCUCCGGGAUAUUCCUCCUCUGAGUUCAAACAGCGCAAAGAAGACCUCUCACCUUCCUUCAUCAACCCCAGCAUGCGGCAGCUAUGCAGCGACGACGACGACGAAGAGGACGGACAAAGAAGCGACCAAUCGCAGGAGGGAGAUGAGCACGACUUGUCAGUGAAGAGAAGGGCUCACAAACAGCCUCACCAUCACCAGUCUCACAGCAGCUCUCUGCACCAAGCCGGCGGCAUAUCGGCAGGGCUGGGUCUGGCCACGGAGGACACACCGCCCACCUCCGUCAGCGAGUCUCUCGCCUCUCAGUCAGACUCUGAUGUGCCUCCAGGAACCGAGGAAUACCCCUCUGUCACUGGUGAAGGCAACAUGGACUCAGAUGAGGAUGCAGACUACAUGCCUGUUGAUAAAUUAUCUGCCACAGGAGGAGGCAGCCAUCACUCUACUACUAGGAGGAGCCACGACCCUCCUCCCGCACCCCUCAUGGACCCCUACCCUCACCCUCCACGCCCAGAUGUUUGCAUGGUGGAUCCUGAUUCUUUGGAUAACAGCUCGGUUAAGAAAGAGACAAAAACCAAAGGCCUGAAGAAGACCUCCGGGAAAACCAAAUCAUCUUCCCCAGCCAGGCGCAAGAGGUCUCCCAUGCCCGUCAAACAGACGCCGUCUCCUCGCAGCGCCUCGAUGAAGAAGAAGGAGGCGGACAAGAGCUCACGUAUGUCUCGUCUGUCAGAUGGACAAGGCUCCAAAGACGAUGACCUCUCCAGGUCGAGCUACAACCCUGGCAAGGGGCUGACCAACGGUGUCAAGAGCAGUUCAAGUUCUCAGAAGUCCGGCUCUGCGGCUGCUCCUGGUCUUCCCAUUUAUGUGGACUUGGCCUACAUUCCCAACCACUGCAGUGCCAAGAACGUGGACCAAGAGUUUUUCAAACGCGUUCGCUCUGCGUACUACGUGGUGAGCGGGAACGACGGAGCGAGCGGUGAACCGAGCCGAGGAGUCCUUGACGCGCUGUUGGAUGGCAAAGCUCAGUGGGGAUCAAACCUUCAGGUGACGCUGAUCCCCACCCACGACACGGAGGUGACCCGUGAGUGGUACCAGCAGACGCACGAGAAGCAGCAGGAGCUCAACAUCAUGGUCCUGGCCUCAAGCAGCACCGUCGUCAUGCAGGACGAGUCUUUCCCCGCCUGCAAGAUCGAGUUUUAAGACCUCCUUUCCUCCUUUCUCUCUCUCUCUCUCUCUCCUCCUCUGGCCUCCCCCCGGUGUAGACCUGUUUUUAAUUGCUCUUCUCGAUAGCCUGAUUAUGCAAAUCUGUCUCAGCUUUGGGCGCUUGUGUUGAAGUCGUAUGAAAAGCAGCAGAGACAGAUCUGGAUAACUGUCUAUUUUUCUUUUCUAGAUUUUUAUUCAUUUAUAAGCUUGUCGUGGCUAUCACCAUUUAUAUUGCAAGUUUCUGACAGCUAUGUCCUCCACUACAUUAUUAAUACUCAGUCCUGUGAAAGGGACAGUUUUCUUUCUGUUUUUUAACUUUUUUUUUUCCAAACCUUGUGAGACAUUAACUUCUCUAUUGAUUGGCUGAGACAACAUGCCCGUUGUAUUGUAAAAAAAAAAAAAUUUAAAUGCUGAUGCUUGGUCGCUCGUCUUCUAAUUGGCUUAAAUCAAAGCACAAGUUCACGCACCUUAAAGCCAGCAACAAACUACAACAUUGUUUCUCUCCACCGGAUCCCAAACAUCAAGCCUCUCACAACACAUUACUGAUAGAAAAUCAUUAGUCCUGAUCAGUUUUACUUUACUUUCCCUUUCCGUCUCUCUUCUACGACAAUGACCCGGUGUUGAACUUUGUGCCUCCUACUGACAUAGUGAGAUAGAAAAACGUUCAAGCGGAUCCCAGCGGUCCUUUUCAAGAUGUCUUUUGAGAAUAUAUUUACCGUAGCAUAGGGAAGACCAUAUUCAAAACUCUGUAUUGUAGUGAAUUAUGAUAUUUCUACGGUUAUCUCAAAGUGAAACUCAACUUCUUUACAGUAAGAAUUUCUCAGUGGCUGUUAUUUCCUACAGUGAAUUUGACGGUUAAGUUCUACUAUAAUUGUUUUCUGUAGUCUUUGAUGUAUUUUUCAGUGUUUCCGGUUAACAUAUCGUUGCAGAGAAUCAUGAGGAGAACUGCAGGCAGAGGCGAUGAUGCCGCUUAAAAAAAAACAAAACAAAACAACAAAAAAAAAGGGAAUCGUCAUCCGAUCUUUGGAUUCUACCUGUUUAUAUCUUUACAUACGGAACAGCACUUUGUGUUCAGAGCUCGUUAGAAGGACAAACCUUGCAUCAGUUGCUGUGUCAAUAUGAUCUUUAUACAAAAAAAAAGCUGUGUUAAAGAACGAAGAAUGUAUUCCGCUACAACAAAUAAUAUAGGAACAUGUGGCUGCGCGAGGAGAGAUUGUGUUUGCUUGGUGAACAAAAGAUGUGGGGCUGGUUCGACUGGUGGUUAGAGGUUAGACUGUCACCCACAUGUGCCUUUCUGUCCCGCUGUGCUGGAAGGGAAGUGAAAUUGUGAAAAUUCGUCCUUAGAGGUUUUUGAGGUAUGCCGGCGUGCGGUGCAUCCACGGCUCUGUGGCGGAGGCUUUUUCGGCGAGCUGGUCUCCUCUGUGGUUGUGAGUUUUUCUGUCGGUGAGGUCAGCGCACAAAAAAAAAAAAAAGCAAAGGUUGGAGUUGUACAUAUUUGAGCAUAAAACGGCACUUUUCAAAGCACCAAUUCAGUAUUUCAGUCUUUUUAUUUUUUUUCCUGGAGCUGCCACUCGAAGAAGCACAAACAGCAACCAGUGUGCAAAACUGUGGUUUUUGCUGUUUUUCAAAUUUAGCAAUUCACUAUUUGCACUUGAAUCUCGUGCUAUUUUUUUUUUUCAUCAUGGUCUUUAGUUUGCAAAAUAGUUUAAAGCCACAAUCACCUCAACUUCUUGCAUUUUUAAAUCGCUUCAUUUAACUGGUUAUUUCCAGUAUCAGUUUUCUUUCUGAUAUUUAAGUGGAUGUGUUUAAGUAACACUUUAUUAACUUAAUAUUAUGUGUAGAUGUGUUUUAAUUUGAUAUUGAUGAUUUUAUAUUUUGAUAAGUUUUAAGUAAUUUGAUAGAUUUUAACCAGGAACAAAACCAACUAUCUUAACAAAAUUAGCGGACCAACAAGCCUCACCAGGGUUGCUAUUUUAUGAUCUACAAUAAAAAAAAAAGAUCCAGAUAUUUCUCUGUAUAUUAUUUUAUUUCCUCGACUCAUCUAAUGAUGCAUGUACGACAGAUGCAUGCACAUAAAGGCGAUGGCUCUUUAAAAUAAAAAAGAAAAGAAAAAGGCGUAGGGCUGCAGGGAGCGGAGCCCAGCGGCUCCAGAUGAUUUGAAUGUGAAGAUGCAGAUUACCUUUACCUUCUCCAUGGAGGACUCUGAUCUCCUGGUUGCCUUGGUUACCGUGCAUCAUAUGGUACAUCUGACUCAUCGGUCACGCUGUCCUCACUGUUUGCCUGCGAUACACCACAACUCAGUGCAGGGCAGUUUUAACUAAACUUAAAUGUGCGGGUUAUAAAAAACACGACCAUUCCUCUCUUUCUUUGGACGACAGGAUACAGUUUUAAACAUUUCUGUCUGCAGAUGUUGUCAAAAAUGAUAAACAAGUAACGUUGUCUGCCACAUUGAGGCGAUAUUGAUGUUGAGUUGAAGUUCCUAAUUCCUGCCUAAUUAAAAAAAAAAAGAUCCAUUAAUGGCUUCUUCGAUGAAACAGGGUUAACCUUUAUGCCGGUGUUUUUUCGCUGUUAACCUACUGUGCUGCCCGUGUGGGCUCGUUAACAAGUUAAUGACAAUGUAAUCUGCAUUACUAUUACAUACUGCAUCACUAUAAAGGCUAAUAAUUAAAAUAGCAACACUACUCACAUAUGAGCAGAUCACUCAAAACCCAGACUGCCAGACAUGAGAGACUCGGUUCACUCGUGUCAGUACAUUUUUAUCUAUAGAAGAUUUCCUAUUAUUCACACUUUUUCCAGGUAAAGCGUAAUAAACACACACACACACACACUCACACAUAACUGCUACAUUUUCGUAUUGUGCAAAAAAAAAAAAAAAAAAAAAUCUGGUGUUCAGACUCGUCUGAAUCCUGCCGUGAAACAAAUCAUCAUAAAGACUGUUGGUUUCCAGUGAGCCCUGCUUGUACGUGCAUGUGUACCUUUUGAGUUCCCUUGUAUUGUAAUAGCUGAAGAAAAACUGACUUAACAUAGAAGUGCUAUUUUAAAAGAUGUAUAUUUAAAUAGCUAGGCUGUCCGGUACCGAGGAGGCACAUGUAACCUGGCCGUGUUGUGCUGUAAAGAAAGCCUUGUGAUCGUUUUUUCCUCCUUUCUGCUUCAUGGUUCUACUUUCAUCUCUUGUUUUAAGUGCAAUAUUCUCUUUAUCUCUCUUUAAAUGCUUAAAAAGGUCAAAAUAGAAAACAGAUUUAUUGUUAAAAAGGGAAAAAAGU